CGUGUCCGCAGCUCCGUCCUCCCCUUCCAUCUCCGUCCCGUCGUCUCUCUCCAUUCUGACAAAAGCCCAUUUUUUACAGAACACGACGAAGAAAAGCCUGAAGACCGGCGGCAAUCAAUCGAGAAACCCAUCAGUCUACAAAGCUUAUUCGUCCAAGAAAUCGAAGAAGAAGAAGAAGAAGAAGAAGAAGAAGAAGAAGAAGUGGAGCGAUCCCUUGAAAUGGAAUUCCCCCACCAGCCUUCCCAAGCCGAAGAAUCGGACUUUUCCUUCGAGUGGACUGCUGCCUACCCUCUCCCGUCUCCCUUUUCCGUCACAUGGCCUGCCUCUUCCAUUUCCGUGUCUGGCCCGGUUCUUGACUCCAGCAGCGACGUAGCUGAGCUCGGGGGAGACGGGUUGGCGGAUAGCGGGUCUUGCACCGGACAGGGCAUGCAGGAACCAGAAGAGGUUGAUGUGCAUUGCGGCGGGUUGAGAGUCGUCGGUAUGGAUUCGGAAACAGAUUCGGAGUACCUGGAGUCAGAGGACCCGGAUUCCUUCGAUUUGGUUUUUCAGGGAAACGACGGGAAUGAGGAAUCGGAAUGGGCAGAGGAUAAUAGGAUUGAAGAAGUGACAAUAUCAUCAGAGAACUUCAGCGACGAGGGUGAGGAGCCUGUGGCCCGUAGUUUUGAGUGGGAGUUUCUCAUAGCAAUCAUUAAUGCCCGUAGAGAUUUGGAUGUGCAUUUCAGCAAUCCCAUGGCUGGUCAGGAUGAUUACAUCUGGAGCCCAGAGUCUGAACCCCUUUGGCAGCAAGUGACAGAAGACAUGCCAGUGAAGGGAAAUCCUCCAGCCGCAAAAAGUGUUGUCGAGAAUCUUCCUACAGUUGCUCUAAGUGAAGAUGAUCUGGAGAGGAAUGGAGGGGUCUGUGCAGUUUGUAAGGAUGAGGUUUUGGUGGGGGAGAUGGUCAAAAAGUUGCCCUGUUUGCAUUACUAUCAUGGAGAUUGCAUUUUGCCAUGGCUGGAAAUGAGGAACUCCUGCCCUGUUUGUAGAUUUGAGCUGCCCACAGAUGAUCCGGAUUAUGAGAGAAGUAAGACCCGAGGUUCUGCUGAUGAUGCAUAUUGGAAUUGGGAUGCAGCAGUUAGUCUGGAUUUCGAGCUCUUUGCCUAAUAUUGUGCAACCCAUAUCCGUCAUGGUGUAAAUAGCGUUUAUAGAUGCGUUCUUAUCAGUGUUAGAACCAUAGAGGAAAAGGGAAAUUGUCGAUGGUUCAUACUACUAAAUUGUUGUACAUGCUGUCAGAAAAAAAAAAUUGUGAAUAUAUGAAAGGUGGAUCCUUUGCAUGAA